GCCCGUGAGAUAAGGGAAGUCUGAGUCUCAGCUGGUGACACUUGAAAUGGCAUUACAAACAGUAGUGUCUGUGUGUGCCUGUGCUGACUCAGCUCAGCCUGCCUGUAAGGGUGGCUGGAGGUGAUGCCAGAGACAAGUCAGGAUGUCAUUGCCCUGUGGCUGAGGUGCAGAAGCUGACUAGAGGUUCCCUUACCCAGAGGGGCAGAAAUCAGCCUCUGACAGGGCAGUUUGAACCAAAAGGCAGAUUCCCUCUCCCCAGCCUCUGAGUGGCUGAUAAGAUGCAGGUUCCUCGACACUGGGGUGAGCAGAGCUCUGUGGGUUAUAAAGAGUAGAUGGAUUUUCCCAGCCCUCAGAGCAGGAGCUCACAGAUGUUUGUUGGGCUCUCUGGGGAGCAGCUGCCUUCUGACCACAGCCAUACCCAGCCAUGCUCAGCAGUGAAGGUCUGAUGAUGUUUUUUCCCCUUCUCUUUCGGUAUAUCCCAAGCCCAGCCUCUGCCUCCCUUUUGCCUCCCUGGGUGCUCGUGGCCUUGGCAGGGGUGUUUCACCCUUGCCUUCCUUGAGAGUGUACUCUGAGGCUUGUUGUUUUAGGAACAGCUGUUUUGGGAAGAUGGUGAGCUAAUCCUGCUGCUAGAUCCUCCAGCAGAACCAAGAAUGACAAAGCUUGAUGUUCAUAACUGCUCUUGGGAGAGCCCAAUUCCUCUGCACUUCAUUUUUUCUUUCUUUUUACCUCCUAAAGGGGAAGGGGGCAGCAAGUUUUCUUCUUACUACUUCAGAAGAAAAAAACGAAGGCAGCACCCCCAUUUCCUUCCCACUGCAUGUAACUCACAGCACUCCAGAUAGGGAAGGACAUGGAGCAGUUGGAGCGAGUCCGGAGGAGACACCAAGAUGAUCAGAGAGAUGGAGAAGCUCUGCUGUGAGGGAAGGCUGAGAGAAUUAGGGUCGUUCAGCCUGGUGAAGAGAAGCUUCAGGGUGACCUAAUUGUGGCCUCCAGUACCUGAAGGAGCUGACAGGAAAGACAGAGAAAGACUCUGGACAAGGGAUGGUGUGACAGGCAGAGUGCACCUGCAGCUGGGACAGCCAUGGAGAAGAGUGGGAACAUUCAGCUGGAGAUUCCUAAUUUCAGUAACUCUGUCCUGAGCCACCUGAACCAGCUGCGCAUGCAGGGUCGCCUGUGUGACAUCGUGGUCAACGUGCAGGGCCAGGCUUUCCGUGCGCACAAGGUGGUGCUGGCUGCCAGCUCGCCCUACUUCCGUGACCACAUGUCCCUGAACGAGAUGAGCACCGUGUCCAUCUCCGUCAUCAAGAACCCUUCUGUUUUCGAGCAGCUCCUCUCCUUCUGCUACACUGGCAGGAUAUGUCUGCAGCUGGCUGACAUCAUCAGUUACCUGACAGCUGCCAGUUUCUUGCAGAUGCAGCACAUCAUAGACAAAUGCACGCAGAUACUCGAGGGGAUUCAUUUCAAAAUUAAUGUGGCGGAGGUGGAAGCGGAAUUGAGCCAGACGAGGACGAAGCAUCAGGAGAGACCUCCCGAGUCUCACCGGGCGACACCAAAUCUGAACCGUUCCCUGAGCCCACGUCACAACACCCCCAAGGGGAGCCGCCUGGGCCAGGUUAGCACAGUGCUGGACAUCCGGGAGCUCAGCCCACCCGAGGAGUCCACCAGCCCCCAGAUAAUCGAGCAGAGUUCCGAUGUGGAAGGCAGGGAGCCCAUCCUGCGGAUUAACAGGGCAGGACAGUGGUACGUUGAGACGGGCAUGGGAGAGCGCGGGGCGCAGAACGACGAGGAAGUGCGGGUGCUGGGAGGAGUGCGCAUUAAGACGGAAAACCUGGAGGAGUGGCUGGGGGCAGAGCACCAACCCUCGGGAGAAGAUGGGAGCAGCGCCGAGGAGGUCACGGCCAUGGUGAUCGACACCACGGGCCACGGAUCGCUGGGCCAGGAGGCUUUUGCCUUAGCCUCCUCUGGAGCCAAAGUGGCCAGGCCAACCAGCAGCGAGAUCGACAGAUUUAGCCCUUCUGGCAGCAUGGUUGCUGUGACUGAGCGGUACAGAUCGAAAAGUGAGUCUCCCGGGCGGAUGGAUGAGCCUAAGCAGCCCAGUUCCCAGGGGGAGGAAUCAGCCAUGCUGGGAGUGAGCGGUUACGUGGAGUAUCUGCGGGAGCAGGAGGUUUCAGAGCGCUGGUUCCGGUACAACCCACGGCUCACGUGUAUUUACUGCGCCAAAUCCUUCAACCAGAAGGGCAGCCUGGACCGGCACAUGCGGCUCCACAUGGGCAUCACACCUUUCGUGUGCCGCAUGUGUGGGAAGAAGUACACCCGUAAGGAUCAGCUGGAAUAUCACAUCCGCAAGCACACGGGCAACAAGCCCUUCCACUGCCACGUGUGCGGCAAAAGCUUCCCUUUCCAGGCCAUCCUCAACCAGCACUUUCGCAAGAACCACCCCGGCUGCCUGCCCCUGGAGGGGCCGCACAGCAUCUCCCCUGAGACCACCGUCACGUCCCGGGGGCAGGCAGAGGAGGAAUCCCCCCCGCAGGAGGAGGCCGUGGCAGUGGGGGAGACGGCACAGGGAUCUGUGUCCACAACCGGGCCGGAUUGAAGCGCGGCUCUGGAGUCCCAGGAGAGAGGACCGUCUUCCCAUUCCUGGCUCUGAAGAGUCAGCACCAACCCGGCAGGCUGGUACUGUAAUUAGUGCAAUGCCACCACUGAACAGAAAGAAGCUCCCAAGAUGUUGCCAAAAUAGAAAAAUCUCUCUCUUUCUCUCUCUCUCUCUCACACACCCACACACACACCCAUAGAGUGUUAAAUGUUUUUCUCCCUUAUUCCUCCUCUUCUUGGAGAAAAACAGAACAACUGUGUCAAUCAACUUCUUAUUCAGGGAUCGACAGGAUUUUAAAUUUUUUUACUGUUCUGUAGAGAUCUGGGACAAGCAGUCAUUUGUAUUUCUGGACAGCGCUGUGGCCCAGCAGGGCGUCCCGCCGGCAGUGCCGGGUUCAGCCACAGAGCCAUAUCCACUGCUCCCGCUCGAGGGGAGAGCAGGGGCAAGGGGCCGUUGCCUUUCUCCCUUCCCCAGGUAGUUGCCACAGCAAAGAAAACAAAAAUACUGUCCUGGUGGAACCUGCCUUGCCCGAGCGUAUUUAUCCCUGUCCUAUUUUGGUGUGUCUCUUUAUGUUUUUAUUUAAACUGUUAUUUUAGGGCUUUGGGCUUGCCCGUUCCAGGCAUGCAGCCCUGGUGCCCCUUGUUAAAGUGGGCACAGCUACAAAGUGGUAUUCUAGAGGUCAGCAAAAUGUGAAGGAAGUACUUCAGCUACUGAGAGUGGAAUUUAGCAGCUGUGAGGUUUGCAUGAGACUCUGACGCACUGAGAGAAGGGCUGGAGGGGUCUUCUAGAGGAGGUUGUCCUCUGCUGGUGCUGAUCUGGAGAGCUCAGAGCACUCUGAGGUCCUGGCUGGAGCGCUGCCGUGCUUCAGGUGGUGCCAAGGAUUAGGAAGAGAUUUUCUGGAGCUGCUGAAUUGUGGAGUUAGAGGCUGGCUACCAAAGUCCUUUUUCACCCCUGCUCCCCCCUCGACACACACUUGAUCUUUUAGAACAGCAAUACGGGAUAUGGGAAUACUGCAAUGCUGUUGUCACAGCCGAGCAAUCGCAGGUGGUUGCUUUUAAACCUGUUUCUACAAACUAGUUUGAUAACUUUUUUUAUCAAUGAAACACAAAAAGAAAAGAGAACCCUACUCUAUUUCCUUAUAACAGUUCAGGAGACUUAAAAGUGAACAGUUCCUAGAGCAAUCACAACUCUGUCCCCUUGCAUGGACUUAACAUUUUUGUAUUCUGAGUAGCUCUGAUGUUUAGAGCAAGUUUAGCAAACCUGGAGAGACAUGCCUGCGUGUGUAUUGUAGGUGUUUGCACGAGCUUACAUGGUUCAUAACCAGAAAAGCAUGGGACAGGCAGAUAAGUGCAAAUAUCCUGACAUCUUUUUUAAAAAAAUAUGCAAUAUUUUAAGAGUUUUCUCUAGUUCUGAUGCCAAGUUGUUCAUGAUGAAGGGGGAGGAGUGAACAACAGGUUACGCGUAUCAGGUUUGGUGAAGGAGUUCUCUUGAGGAUGUAUAAAGUGUAUAUGAUGAGGAAGGGUGAAGUUCUGAACCUUAAGGUGAUGGGAGGAACAAGGAGACAUUGAAAAAGAAAUACACUUCCUCUUGCUUCAGCAAGAAAGCUGGAUGAGAGGUUAGAGCGGGGGCUUAGGCAGGAGACUGACCAAGUGACAAUAAAGCUUGGCCUGCUGUCUGACUGCAGUUUUGGGCACAUGGAAACAUCUCCAGCCCUUGCUUUCCCCAUCUGCAAAUUGAUACUUGGAAUCAUUUUCCUGCCCCUUUGGAGGGAAUAAUUUGGAGCAGAGUGAUGUAUUCUUGCCUUGAUUUAUAGAUUUUUUUAUGUGUGAGGGAUCUCACUGUUCCUCCCAUCUCUCUCUCAAAAAGAAAUGUGGCUCUAAUGUGGUUUUGUGUGUGGGAAAGGGCUCGGUGCCAGUAUCAUGUGUAACAGGGAUGUGAUCCUACAAGAGGAACCUUUGCAGGUGCUCUGAGCUGGGUACCUGCAAAGUACCAUUUCAUUGACCAUUUCAAACAGGAAAACUGAUUAUUUCACCUCUGUUUUCCUUCUGUGCCUUCUUCCUCCUCUCCUGUCAAGGGCAUCCAUCACACAGGGAGUGAUUUGGCCACCUAACCAGCUCCGUCAGGUUUCCUGGCAAAGGUCAAACAUCACAGUACCAAAACAGUGAGGUGGCCAGAGAACAGUGGCAGAGGAUGAGUGAGAGGGUGGCCAAGGUAGGUUUUGUUGCAAUCAAGGUGCAGGGAGGAGUGGAGAUGUGCUGCUUUAGUCAUAGCUUUUGAAGUUACCAAAAAUGAAAAAAAAAAAAAAAGUUAAAAACUUUGAAAUCCUAUCCGUUCACACUAGAGAGCAUAAAAAGUUACUUUUAGUUGCUUAAAAGAUUUUUAAGUGUUUUAAAAUAGAAAUUUUAAAAGAAUACUACCAAACUAUAAAAACAUAAAAUUAUUUAUAUACAUAUAUUAUAUAAAAAUAUAGUGGGAAAGUUUCCCUGCUAAGCUUGCUGUGAAGAGAAGGGUGAAGGUGCAGUAACUGCUACACAAGCAACAUUUUUCUGAGACAGAUGGCAACCGUAGUGAAGAAGGGCUGACAUAAAAUGGUGAAUGCCUUUGUUCCCAUGGCAUAGCUGUGAGUUUCUUGAGCAGGUUUUUAUUUUACUGUAUCAAUACUGUGAACGGAGAAGUAUCCAAACAGUACAGGAUGCCAACAGUGUGUCCUGUUUGCUGAUUCACUACUUCAAGUGGCCUGGUGAAAACCAUGAAAUUAGUCCUUCAUACCUUACUAGGCUGAAAACAAAGCUUGUGAAAGGUUUUUAUUUUUUCCUCCUUUAUGUUUGCUUUUCUUUUUGUUUUUGUUUUCUUUUUUUUUUUUUUUGUGCAGAGGUUGCCGCUGUAUAAAUUAUCAUUUCUGAUUGCAUGCAGAAGAGCCAAUAUUCUUGCCCAGGCCUCGUUAAGGUGAAGUUUAUAGCUUGUAGCUAGAGUCAAUAUAAGGUAUGGUAGUGGGAAUCAUUUUGAUAUUAUUUCUGUACAUUUAAUGGAUGUGUAUGUAUGUGUGGGAAUCAUGAUGUCUAAUAUUUCUUGAACAGCGCUGAAACCAGUUCAGGCCCAUCUGCACUAGACAGUGGAACCAGUUCUGAAGGAAUCGUUACUGAACAUUUCUUUCAAGGGUUGGCUUCCUGAGUGCAGAUGAGACCAAGGUUCGAGAAAAAAGGGGUUGGAGGUCCUGUACGGUAUGGAGAAAACCUCAUGUGAAUUUUCUGGCAGUGGUGUAGCUACUUUAGAGGUGCUUUCCCUAACAGAAUGAUACUGUGUCCUGUUGCCUCUGCGUUGGUGUGGCUCUUUACGGUUGCACCGAAGCUGUGGAGAAUCAGAUGCCAACUUUCCAAGUGUGAAUGCUUCUGUGAUGGGUUGAGGCACAGCUUUGCAUUCCCACAUCUAGCUGCAUCUUGUUCUGCCAAAACUGUGAUUUCAACUGUGAUUUAAGGAGGAUGUGAAGAGAACUCUCGUGUUUUAAUACCUCUGUACGUAACAUUUUUGUCUGCUUUAGAGUUAGGGCUUACUAACCCAUUUGUUUUCUUGCCUCAGGCAACAGGGAGAACACACUCUGGUUUUACAGUUUGCUUUCUUGGAGGUGGACAUAUUUCUUAGUUCUUUGCUGUCAAAGAACUCACCUCCCAAAUGUGAAGAGUUGUGGUUAUCUCCUUAAGCCUGCAGCAAGCCCUGGUGCCAAGUGUCAGCCAAGUGACAUGAUGGUUGCCGUGGCUGUUCCCUGCUGCUGCCAGGUUACCUGUGAAUAGCUGUGAAAAUAGCAAGAAUUGUGUUAAUACUGUGUUGCUGCUUUGGAGAAAAGCUAAACCUCUUCGUCUCAGGAGGAUGACUGAUGUGAAGCUGGGAAAAAGAGAAGGCCAAAAUGCAAUGAAAGGAUGUGAGAACAAAUUGUGCUUUGUAUUUCCAGCAGCUACAGAGGGAUGAAUGAGAGGCUUUGUGGAAUGUGGAUUUGUUGCAGGAGGCUGAGGACAUGCUUAGAGCUAACUUAGUAAGAUGCAGGAAUAGCUCGGUGAGAGGCAGAGCAGCUAGUGCAAAUGGGCAGUCCCUCCUUGUCCUCUCAGCAUUAUCCACCACCAGGUUCAAUCAUUGGACUUUCCUGCAUCUUCUCUACAGUAUUCUCGAGCUGUGACCUGUAUAAUUUGACUUUAGUUUGGGUGCUGGGAAGAACAGAAAGCAUGUUGUGUCUCUGCUGCUGUUUUAAACCCAGAGAGGUCGGCAGCAACUGACCCCGUUCCCAUCUGACAGCUAUACAGAGCUGGAAUAGCACUGGGAACAAGCUGAAAAGCAUGGUGGGGCUGGCUCAGCACACAGGGCACAGAGCCAGGAUUUCAGCUCUCUCUGAGCUCAAGGUUGAAAUACAUGGACUGGACAGCUCUCACUGCUUGUCCUGCUCUCAUUUUGUGACAGCUCCCUGGCUGUGUUUCCAUCCCACACCUCUGCAACAGGAAUGUCACUUAUCUGUGAGAUGCACAUUUCAGGAAGUGAUUCCAAGCAGUCUGCUUUGGGAUUAAAGUCCUGCCACUUUCGGGUGAUUCAGCCCUAACAAGGCCUUUGCAAGAGCAGAGUUGUAGCUUUUAUUUGCUGCUGACUUCAUCUCUCCUGCAGAAUCCAACAUAUAAAUAGGAAGACAGCUGCAAAGGUGUAGCUGGUUAAACCGAUUUGGGUGGAAGGUGGUCUCGGAGGUAGAUAGGAUCAUGCAUCUUGAAAACCAACAAAAACCAGCACUUAAAAUUAUUUAAACUUUACCAAACUCUCCUCUUCCAUCUAUGACAUGCCUGCCAAUUUAGCCGUUUCACCAUCCAAAUGUUUCUGCAGAUUAGUGACAUCAAAUGCUGUUCAGGCUAUGCUGGAAAUAUUUUGGAGAUGGGAGAAGUCCCUGCUCAUUGCAAGACGGUUGGACUAGAUGAUCUCUAAAGGUCCCUUCCAAACAUACUAUUCUAUAAGUUAAGAAGCUGUAAUUCAAGGAGACUUUUUGCCAGGGUUUGGGCUCUGAGUUUUCCCUGGGAGCUGAGCCUGUGGCCAGGACUGCAGUUGGAAAGCCUGGGAUCCACUGCCAUAGCAAAAUAAUUGUAGUGAGCAUUGCUCUGGUCACAAGGUGAGAGCCAUGCACAGAGUUUUGAUAUCUGCAGUCAAAGGGCCUGAAGAGGAGCUCAGAAUCCUUAUUUUAAUCAUUGUCAUUCAAAGGAUAUUUUAAAAUAAAAUACAAAUGUAUAUGUAUAUAUAUGUUUGUAACCAAAUAGAAGUUAGAACUAUGCAAACAAUACUGGCUGCUUCUUGAAACUAAAGUCUACCAGAACAUUUUGGAAUAGAGUAGAUUUGGAGUAGACUUGCUGUGGAGUUUUUGUUUUGUUUUGUUUUAUAACCAGUAAAAGGCAGCAGACCAAAGUUUUGCUGCAGUUACUCUUACUAGAAAUGUAGGUUAUUCCUAACCUGAAACCCAUUCAAGUGGGUUAUAAAAUUAUCUGAAGAGUCCUACCAUCUCUAAAAUAUUUCCAUCUGCUGAAAGGCUUUAGCUUGGCAAACAUAAAAAAACACAGAGGCUGGGAAUUAGGAGAGACUGAAUGUAAUGUUUGGACUGAUGGAAUCAAGAAAGGACUGGGAGCAUUUUCUUUUGGAUGUAGGAUAGAGUUGGUUUCAAGGACUCUUUCUACGUGGGAAAAUGUCCAUUGCUGAGAUGGAGGCAGUGAUCAGAACAUCCCCAGGAUGAAUUCUGGUUUUGAUGGAGGUAUUGGAAAGCUUCCUGCUGAAUCUGAUGGUACAAGAGUUUAGGCUGCUGGGAGAAAUUCCACAUGAUUUCUGCCAUUUCUUUGUGUCAGAUCUGAUCUUUGCUUUUAGGGUUAACUGCAAUAUAUCUGUAACUUUCAGUGAGCUUUGGCUUUUUAUUCCUGGAACUGUAGACAAUUCAGGUUUCCCAUAACAUUAUCCUCAUCCCAACUGUGAACAAGUUACUACUGCUUCUUAUAAUUUAUUGUCUUUCUGUUCCUGAAUGUCUGUGUGAUCCAUCUGGUCACCAGCACCACCUUCCAGUGCUUCAUUAGCUUUUAUGCACAGGGAAUUGUUGCAAUGGAUAAGUUGACCAUGCUAGUUGGAAGAGUAGAAGCUUUUGGAGAAUGAGUUUUGCUUCCUCUAGCUGUCAUUAGGGAGUGCACACACACACACCUGUAUAUACAUAUAUAGAAACAAAUAUAAUGUGUUUCAGUAUAAACUCAUUUAGCAUUAUUCUUAUUUAAUUUAUAUUUUAAUCUAGUUGUAAACCAAAGUAUUACAGCUUGUGAAAUGAUGUCUCUUGGAAAUAGGAGGAACCUUUUUUAGGUGGGAAUUCUAAAAGGUCUUUGGUGACAAAAAGUAGAUAGGAGUAAGACUUAAGAACUUGUGCUCCUGGGGAGUUGCAGCAUUGAAAGGAUUUGAAACUUGCUGAGUAAAGUUGGGUGGUGGGGCCUUCUGAAGGUGUUCUUCAUGGUCCUUAAAAGUUUUGUUGUAAAACAAGGAUGUUCUGGCAAAGCUAGAAAUAAAGGGGAGAAAACAGAAAAUCAGACUGUGACCUGGCACAGCCAGAGCUGGGGAGGAAGCCACAAAACCAGCCACUGAUGUAUUUAGUGUCUAAUUUAAACUUUUAGGAAAUGAGCCAUUGCUAUUUAGUGGUGUCUAGAAGUGGUUGGGGGUUUGUUAAUAACUUCUGUGAAGGCACGUGUUCUGCUGUCACCAAUGGGAAGAAAUAAUGGGUUCAAAGAUAAGAUCUUGCUGGUUUUUCUAUGCCAGGGAAUAAUUACCUUUCCAAGGAAUUAGCAAGUGCUAAGAACAAAUUCACCUCUAACAUGUCCCACAGUCUUGGCAGCGGCUCUGCUUCCUCUAGGGAGGAGGAAGACAGUUGAAAUAAGGAGAGAGCUUACCUGCCUUCAGCCCUGGCUGGUGCUGGUGGCACUGGAACCACACAGGGGAAUGGGUAGAAAGGUGGAACAGCAACAAAGCAUCACUGGGAAGAGAUAGUGCAUGUAUCUGGCAUGCCAUGGAUGCUGUGGGCAGGGAAAUGCUGGUGUAGAACCUGCACAGGGGCAGGAGCGUGCAGGAAAUGCUGCUGCCCUGCGAGACAGGUGUCCAAAGGUGCCUGGCCUGGCCCAUGACAGCUGAGCAGCACCAGUGUUUUCCUUGCUGGAGCUGUGAAUAGUUAAGAAGGAAAAGGGAUCAGUCCCCUGUGGGGGCAAGAUUUGGUGUGAGCAUUUCAAAAAUGCCAUUGGAAGGAGCUGAAGGGUGGGAAGUGAAGGGUGGAAAGGGCAGUACUAGACUUCAAAGUGCCAUUUUCUGAGUUUUCUAGCAAGUGUUGAAGACUGAAGUUUGUUUCAAGCUCUUUCUCCUUUACUUAUAUCAUUUUUCCUAUUUAAACUCCACAGCUCAGGGGAGGGUGCAGAAAAGAUGGAGCCAGACCCUUCCUGGAAGCACACGGUGGAAGGAGGAGCAGCAGUAGGCAGCAGUUUAUGCAAGGGAAAAUCAGGUUAGGUAUAAUCAGACAUGACAAGCCAUUAUCUCACCAUGAGUACAGUCAAACAGCAUUGGAUCAGGUUGUCCAGAGAGGCUGGGAAAUCUCCAUCAUGGGAGAGUGCAGCCUCCAAGGUCCUGUUUCCAUUAGACUGUGCCAAGCUGUAUUUUUGUUACCUUUUUUUUUUAGUUUUAUAAUGUAAAAUUGGCAGCUUUACUGGCCUUCCUAGUCUGUAUCAGUUAAGCUUUUGAAACAUGUUCAGGUAUUUUUAAAUACUGCUGUGUAAGUCUCUUGUUUAAUCGGACAUAUUCUGAUUUAUUAUUCUACUGCAGUUACCUAAGGCAGUACUUAAAUCAGUGCAUUAAUUUUUUUGCAGACUUUCAAUUUAGUUUUUGAUAAUGUACCUAACACCCUUCCCCUCAGAUCUAUGGUGAAAUGGCUGCAUUAUUUUUAUACUGCAGUGAGGCUUAUUUAUUUAAACCUUCCCAUUACCUUUGCAGUCAGACCCAAUAUCAUUCACUAUGAAACUGUGAAACUAAGGAGAAAUGAAAAAUGAAGUUGGAUUGAUUCAUUUACUGCUAGACAAAAAAUACAGAAAGUAGCAGUAAAAAAAAAAAAAAAACAGUUUAAAUUAGUUAUUCAAAUCACAGCAUGGUUUGGGUUGGAAGGGACCUUAAAGCUCGUCUUAUUCCAACCCCUCUGCCAUGGGCAGGGAUGUAUUCUGCUAAUUCCAAUGGGAGUUACUGAGUCUGGGGCAGGGGGAGGAGUCACAAAACUAGUCUGAGAGAAACAGCUUUUAACUUGAUGAUGCCAAUUAAUUGGUUCCCCGUUUGGUCAAGUUUUAAAAGCUGUUUCUGAGUUACUGUGAGGCUUUUUAUGAAUCCUUCUCUGCCUGGUGACCAGCAUUGGUAACUGAGCACAGCUCUUGCCUGCAAGAGGCCAGUGGGUGGAGGGUGGCAGCAGGGGGUGACACUAACAAGAAGUGGACAGUGGACAGUGCAAUUCUUGGGCUGACAGAUUGGAUUUUGGGAAGGGGCAUGAACCCCAGCCCCACUGUGGCUGUCCCCAGCCCCAGGGUGCGCUUUCAGUCGGUGUUUGCAGGGGCUGUUUACAGGGCAGCCUGGAUCUCCGCCAGAGAUGCAGGGAAGGAGGGUGUAGGUGGCAUGCAGGCACUUUUCUGAUGUGUUAGAAGAUUUCCUAAGCUGGGGUUGUGCUGUUGGGGGAAGCACCCCAGGUGGGAUUGAGAGUAGAAUUUUGUCAUACCCUUUGCUUAAGCCUAAUUCCUUGGGCUCCCCUAAGGCACUGGUCUGGGCAGAAAGCUGACACCAGACAGCUCCCAGGGCUGUGCUGUCACGGGGCAAGUGCCAGUAAGGAAUAUUGGGAAGGGAGAGAGGAGUGGUGUUGUUCAAAUAAGGCAUGGUUCUUUUGUGUUGGUGGGUAACAUGGCUGACAUUUAGGACAGCCAAGAGUAAUCCUGGGUGGCAAAACAGACUUUUCUGAAGAAGGUCUUUCAGAGGCUGAAUGAGGAGGAGAAUGGCAUACACCUGUGUGUUCUUGCAGUAACAUAUUCCUCACCUCAUGCCCCGCACUUGCAGGGAGAAUUAGUGAAGGAUAAGAAGACUGGAUCAGAUGGUAAUUCGUGGAAAUGGAGGUGAGGUAUUCAAAGCACUGCUUUAAUCUGAAAAGGGAAGGGAAUGAAUGCAGUUUUCCCAAGCCUCUAGUGUGUUGAACACUAGCUGAAGCUCCCAUGAGCUGUGUCCCCAUUGUCCCCAGAGCUCCCCUCGUUUCCCCGGUGUCACCCCACCUUUCCUGCACAACACUGUGAAUAUGAUAUCUGUAGCUCUUUCUAAAACUUUGGUUUUUUCCAUUAAAACUGCUCAGAGCGGGAAAUGCUGUCCUACUGCAGGAGCAGACAUGAUGACCCAAAACAGGGCCUGGAUAGUUGAGUAGUGGGAGAGAGAAUUUUAGGAGUUAACAAGGGAAGUGGCUUUGUAUAGCAAUUUGCUAAUCAAAUUUCAUCUUGUAACACACUUAACUGACAAUCAAUUUCUAAAACACAAAAGCCUCUUAGAGGAAAUAGUCAAGUAUAUCUUAACCAGAAAGAUUUAACUGGGAUAACUUAAUAAAGAGCACAGGAUUUUUUCCUCUUUUUUCUUCUUUUUUUUUUUUUUUUUUGAGCAAUUACUCCAGAAAUGGAGUCACAUUAAGCAGCAGCGUAUUCACAGGACAGUAACUACCUCUCUCUCUUGGAGUGCUGAGGUUACCACACUACACACUCUAGCAGCAAAGCUUUCACUUUAAAGAGAUUUGUUUUCCUUACCUCUGUGUUUCAGAAAUGCAAGUCUGCUUUGUAAAGUGACUCUAAUGAAAAUGGCAUCUGGCAGGAGCAAUGGGAGUCCCUUGCAGUCCACAGUCCUUCUUGGCCUCCAGUUCCUUACUGUGACCCUUUGCAGGUUGGCCAUGGGGCUGUGACAGUUCAGGGGGACUUUGUCAUCUCCCGUGUGCUGCAUAACAGUGAACUGUCCCCUGAGCCAGCGCUGUAAAACACAUUCCUGCACUGGGAAAUCAGUUAAUGGUGGGGAAGGUAAAGGAGAAUCCAUCUCCCUCCUGCCUCCAAGGCAGCAGUAAAAAAAAAAACAAAAACAAAACAAAAAAAAAGCAAUAAGAUAAAAUACAAACACUUUUAUAUGUUGUUCAUUAGUCAGCAGAUCUGACUCUGCAGAUUUAUAUAUAUAUAUAUACACACAUACAGAGAGCAAAUCUCUCAUGUGAAAAGGUGCCAUUUUUUUUUCUAAACAGUCCCUUUCCAAACUAGAACAGCACUUUAAAUAGGUUCCUCUUUAAAAAAAAAAAAAAAAAAAUUAAAAAGCAAACCCUUUUCUGCCGCAAUGCACUUUAACUCGUCAGACGAGUACAGCUGUGGCUGCUGGGGACACAGCUGUACGGGCAGGCAGCUCCUGGGCAGCCACAGCUCGGGGGGAGCAAUGCUGCCACACCCUUGGGCAUGGCAGCUCUACCUCCAGCAGCCCCCCACGCUGCCCGGAGCAGCCCCGCCGUGCCCAGGCACUGAUGGGGCUGGUGGCUGGUAGGAGACUUUGGAAUCUUUCAAGAGAAGCCCACCCUUGCCUGUCAAGAAGAUUUAAACCCCAUUUCUUAACAUGUCAGAAGUUGCACCCAGUUACAACCCAGCUGGCGGCCCAGGGCUGAGCUGAGCUGAACAGCAAAGCCAGGAGAGAGCUGUUACUGGGGUUGUGGGCUUUUUCCAUAACAUGAAUAUGGAGCCCUCGUCAGUUCUGUUUGUUGGGUUUUUUUUCUUUUUUAAUCCAAGUUUGUGUGUCCCACAUUGAUUCUGCUCUGAGCUGGUUUGCAGAGUAACCAUUUGUAACAGAAAUUGUGCUGUCACCUUCAACUAGUGACUAUAAAUCAAACCUUUUUAGGACAGGUGUCCUAACACUCAAGACUUACUUUCACAGUUAAGAAAUUUCCUGCUGUACUAAUUAUUCUUUUUUUAUUAUUUUAUUUUAUUUCUGGUUGCAGUCCUUAUUUCAAGAAAAAAAAAGUCAGUGUUCAGACUAGUCUGGAGUAGGCUGAAGAGUAAGCCUGCUGUAACUUAUGGAUAUCAGACUGUUCUUCAGUGAUUUUCCAAGCUGUUUCCAAACUGGCCCUCCAUGGCUGCUUCUCUUUUCCUCUUCCAGCAGGCACUGGCAAACAGAAGCUCCAUGGCCGUUGUGUCCAGGGACAGCCAGCGCUGCUGGAGGGGGAGGGCAGGGGUGGCAGGGGAACCAGAGUUGGGAAAGGGGGAAAUAAAACCAAGGUAGAGGGGACUGUACAAUUGCAUUGAAAGCAGUUUAGCAAAAAGCGCUCUCGUUGGACAGCUUUAAGAACAAUGUGAAUGAGAACUUAGCAACUUGGGUAAGAAUCUUGGAAAAUUCUAUAAAUGUAUACUUGAAAUUCUGUUCGUAUUAAACAAAAUGCAUUUUCUUCUUUCUUUUAACACUGUGUAAAAGAACAUUAUGCAUGUGAGUGGUUUGAGAAUUAAAUGGUUUAAUACUCA